AACAAUCAUAUUUUUUUUUAACAAACCAAGAAACUAAUAAAGUAAACAGUGGUAAUUAAUUAAUGGCAUCCCAAAUGACACAAAGUGCAUUAAAUGCACUGAAACUAGAACUUAAAAGUUUGCAAAAGGAACCCGUCGAAGGUUUUGUAGUGAAGUUAGUAGACGAAAGUGUUCUGUCUGAAUGGGAAGUAGCCAUUUUCGGACCACCUAAUACUAUAUACGAAGGAGGAUAUUUUAAAGCACGAAUGACAUUUCCUUCCAACUAUCCUUUCGCUCCUCCGGCUAUCCGUUUUAUUAGAAAAUUUUGGCAUCCAAACGUAUAUCCUAAUGGAAACAUCUGCAUAUCGAUUCUUCAUCCUCCAGGAGAUGAUCCUCAAAGCGGAGAACUUUCCUGCGAACGCUGGAAUCCAACUCAAAACGUAAGAACAAUCUUAUUGAGUGUUAUUUCACUUUUGAAUGAGCCAAAUAUCAGUUCUCCGGCUAACGUAGACGCUUCUAUCAUGUAUCGAAAAUGGAAAGAAUCGAAAGGAUCGGAGAAGGAAUACGAAGAAAUCAUUAAAAAACAAGUUUCGGACAGUAAAACGGAUGCUGAAAUCGAUAAAGUUGUGGUUCCAUCCACGAUAGAAGACUAUUGUGCUAAAAGCACCGUUGCAUCUGUAGAUAUGGAAUCUAAUAUAACAGAUUUUUCCGACGAUUUUAUGCCAGAUUCCGAUGAAACUGUCGACGACGAAGAAGAAGUUAAUACAAAUGGAGGACGUGGCAAUAAAAAUACUUCUGGAUCAUGAGAAUUGAAAUGAGAUGAAGAAUUAUUAGAGAUAAG